AUGCUUCUUACAGGCUCUUCCAAUACUCUUGUUCAGUCAUUUUUGCAGGUUUUAAAUUCAAAAUUUUCUAUGAAAGAUCUUGGUCCUUUACAUCACUUCUUGGGCAUUCAGGUUCAAUCCACAACCACUGGACUUCAUUUAUCCCAGACUCAUUAUGCCUAUUCCAUUUUGGAGCGUGCUCAAAUGCUAGAAUGCCAGCCUAUGCCCACGCCAUUGGUCCAAAAAUCGGUGUCUACAUCCGUUGACACACCUGUUGAUGAUCCAAGUUAUUUUCGUGUGCUUGUAGGGUCAUUGCAGUAUCUCACGCUUACCCGUCCAGACCUUUCUUUUAGUGUUAAUUAUGUUUCCCAAUUUAUGCACUCUCCUCACAUGUCCCACCUCAAAUAUGUUCGCCGUAUUUUACGUUAUUUAAAAGGCACUCUUGACUUCGGUCUUUCUCUUACAGCAGAUACGUCACUUGCUCUUUCUGCUUUUUCUGAUGCAGACUGGGCCGGCUGUCAGAUGACAAGACGUUCCACAACUGGUUACUGCACUUUUCUAGGGUCUAAUAUUGUUUCUUGGUGUGCCAAGAAACAAACUACUGUUGCCCGUUCCAGCACCGAGGCAAAGUAUCGAGCUAUGGCUCAUGCCGCCGCAGAGCUAACUUGGUUAGGAUAUUUGUUGGAUGAUUUACGAGUUCCUCAACGUAAUCCACCUAUACUUUAUGGUGAUAACUUAAGUGCUUUAUAUUUGACUGUUAAUCCGGUUCUUCAUGCCCGUAGCAAACACAUAGCUUUGGACUAUCAUUAUGUGAGAGAACGAGUUGCUCAAGGGGUCUUAAUCACUAAGCACAUUCCGUCCACUUUCCAACUGGCUGACAUAUUUACUAAGUCAAUGACUAAAGCUCGCCUGGCUCAAUUUCGACACAAACUUUGUCUUUAG